UGCACGCGCCAAACAUUGAUUUAAGUGGUUUUCGCGAUCCUUGUUACUCGGGCGGCAGAAUUAAAUUGCCGCGGGACUCUGUUAAGUUUAAUCUAUCGUUCGACUCUGGUGAUCUCGAGGGGUGUCUCACGGGAAUACCCCGCUCGCAUUCCUAGCAAAGUUUACGGAUUACUGCACACCUCGACGCGUGCUGUUCUUCACCUCGAGAUCGGUAGGAGACCGAGAGGACUCCGCUGCUGUCAGCCUUCCGCCCUGCCAUGGUGGAGAAGAACAUCGGGAUAUCGCAGCAGACCCUGGUGUCGAGUGUCGGGGAUCGGGGAGCCCCUGCGAGCAAGGUUCCACAGUAUGUGGCAGGCUUGGCAUCCACCCUGGGUGCCUUGGCAGCCGGCAUGGUGCUGGGUUGGACCUCUCCGGCAGGCAAGAAUGGAGUGGAUCUGGCGAAGGAGUACGACAUACCGUUGACCAUUACGGAGUUCUCCUGGAUAGGAGCCUUCGCACCCCUGGGGGCAGCUGCGAUCUGCGUGCCCAUCGGCAUCUUGACGGAUGUGGUGGGCCGGAAGAACGCCAUGCUGGGGCUGGUGGUCCCCUUCACCAUUGGCUGGGCCCUCAUCAUCUGGGCGAACUCAUUCGCCAUGUUUUGCAUAGGCAGGUUCAUAACCGGACUGAGUGGCGGUGCGUUCUGCGUGACCGCUCCGAUGUACACCGGGGAGAUCGCGCAAAACGAGAUCCGGGGAUCCCUGGGGUCGUACUUCCAGCUGAUGCUGACGGCCGGAAUCCUCUGCAGCUACGUCCUGGGCACGGUGUUAAACAUGUUCCAGCUGUCCAUCGUCUCGGCGGUGGUGCCGCUCGUCUUCUUCGGGAUCUUCUUCUUCAUGCCAGAGACGCCUACGUAUUACUUGAAGAAGGGCGACGAAGACGCAGCCCGGGCGAGCUUGGUGCGCCUCCGGGGUCCGCGGUACGACGUGGAGCCAGAACUCCAGGCCCAGCGGGAGUCGCUCGACGAGGCCGCCCGGAACGCCGUCUCCGUCUUCAAGGCUUUCCGCUCCAAGGCCGCCGUCAAGGGCCUGGUGGUAGCCUUCGGGCUGAUGCUCUUCCAGCAGCUCAGCGGAGUCAAUGCGAUCAUCUUCUACGCGGGCGACAUCUUCCAGAAGGCCGAAGGCACCGACGACCCUGAAGUGGCGGACCGCUCGGCCAUCAUCGUCGGAGUCAUGCAGGUGGUGGCGGUCUUCGUUAGCACCCUCAUCGUUGAUCGGCUAGGUCGCCGACUGCUCCUCCUCGUCUCCUCCGUGGCCAUGUGCCUGGCCACCCUGGUCCUCGGCGUCUACUUCUACCUGAGCAGCUCCGGCCAGAACAUCGACAACAUCCGUUGGCUUCCUCUCGUCUCCGUCUGCGGCUUCAUCAUCCUCUUCUCCCUCGGGUUCGGACCCAUACCCUGGAUGAUGAUGGGUGAGCUCUUCGCCUCGAACAUCAAGGGCAUCGCCGGGAGCAGCGCCUGCCUCUUCAACUGGCUCAUCGCCUUCAUCGUCACCAAAUUCUACUCCGACCUGGAGAAUGCCCUCGGGGCGCACGUCACCUUCUGGAUAUUCAGCGGGGUCUGCGCCUUAGGAACCGCCUUCGUCUUCCUCCAGGUCCCGGAGACCAAGGGCAAGACCCUCGACGAGAUCCAGAUCGAGCUAGGGGCCGCUCCUCCGGCUAGAUCCUCCAGGACGAACCCUGAAGGGCCUGCCAAGGCGUGAGGGAUCUUCACCCUGGACCGUUUCCUCGACCCGGGCUCUUCGUCCUGGCCCUCUGGGAACCCUCCCAGGGUUCGCCAGGACUCCCUCUACCCUGAGAAUUCUCUUGCCUUCGAGAGGUCCGCACCUGCGGCUCGAGAUCCUAUCUCCAAGACUGAUGCGCUUGCGGUUUAAAACCUUCGCGUGUAUUAUUUAGGAUAAGAUAAGCACCUUAAGGCGAUAUCAAAGUGACAUCCUUAGAUUAAUCGUCCAUGAAAUUACACUUUUCUCCUAACUGAAUGUACCGAAUCGUUUGAAAUUUUACCACGUGGUCAUGAACACCCUAAGGAAGGUCCCGACACCAGUUUGGAAAGUUUCAUAAGCGAGAGCUCUGAGAUGCCGCUUUUAUAUCGCGUUAAGUGUAAUUGUACUUAUAUGUAAAUAAAUUAUUGACCCUA